AUGGCGAACAAAGCGCCUGUCUCGUUCGACGAGAUCAUCCAAGCUGACCGUCUGAAGAAGAAGCACGAGCAGCUGGCGAACCAACUCCUUGGAAAGAACCGCCGCUCGAGUACGCCAGGCUCAGGCAGUGGCAAUAAGGCGCAGAACAAAACACAGAAUGCGAAGCCCGGAAGCCUAGCAAGCAGGGUUGGGGUGGCCAAGCCACAGCGUUCCGCAUCUGCGACCGUCCACUCGACCAAGAACAAGCCAGCACCCACUGCCAACAACGCCCGCGCACGUGGUAACGCUGGAAAGAAAGAUCGCCUGAACGUGGAUCAGGUCCGCGCAGCAUUCAAAUCCGAUAAUAGGCAGCUGAAUGUCCAGUCCGGUAAUACUUUGCAGAACGGCCGUCGGUCCGGUGGCAAGAACAUGAUCAUCAAGGGCGCUUCGGGCCCAUUCAUUGUCGAGGGAAGAAACUUUGCGCCUGGAACAACGGCAGCCGACAUUCAGUCCGCCUUUGAGCCAAUCACGGGGCCAAUGCUCAGCUGUCGAGUAGUGGCAAGCCAGCCAAAUGUUGUCGCAGAAUUUGAGUAUGCAGAGAAGAUGGCUGCAGAGCUUGUGGUUGCCAAUUUCCACAAUCAGAUGGCUGAUGGAAGACAACUUCUCAUGACCCUCAAAUCGGCCAAGACCACAACGACCCCCAACACGCAAGAUCCUUUCACUGCCCUCCGAGCACAAGCUGACCAGGAGCGAAUCCGAGCCCGUCGCGGUCCAAAGCAACAGAAGGACCUGCUUGCUCCGACCCAAGAAAACUCGCAGUCCAGCCUUUAUAGCGAUGUAAUGAUGGUUGAUGCGCCGGUGCAGAACACCCAGAAGAAACCGAACCAACGGAAAUGGCGUCGUUAA